AUGACAGCAUCGCAUCGCCUACUCCAUCAAUUGUUGUUCUCUCCUGACGUUUCUCUGACGGCACAGUAUCACCAUCGCGGUUUGGUCAGCAAUAGAAGAUGGAGCACAGGCAGUCGAGCCAAUAAGUUCGAAGGGUCUACUGGCGCUUGGAAUAGCUACAGCACAUGUCGUGUAUUGGAAAUACAGGUGCUUCCGACCAACAAUGAUCUCAGAGCUCCACUUUGGACGGUGUCCACUGACGGGAGUUCGGUUGACACUGUCACACCAGCAACCGCUUGCGGACAGCAUUGUACCUUGCUCCCACACAACUGCGCGCCACAGCAUUUGCCACGUCAGCUUCCCGUGUCGUCAUUGCUCACCAGUCAAGCAAAUAUUGAGAGCAGUGCAGGUCCAUCGUGGACUAAUGGGGAGCUUGAUGGAGAGAUGGAAUGUCAACAGAGAUGGCAUGACAUCCUUCUGGUCCGUCAAGUCUUGGGCACGACUGAAAGCCCUUUCCGCCAGGCCCUUGAAUAUCUGGACUGGACAAUGAGCGAGGACGCUCGGCGCCCUCUUUUCGACAUUUUCCAACCAAUGUUUCCAUUCACGCAGGACAUCCCAACGAAAACAAUGCCUCCCAUGCCACAGGCUCACGAUGAGCAGGUCGACGCUGGGCUAGACAGGGGGCCAGAUUGCGCGACCAAGCACUGUCUAGCAAUGGCUCGCCGUUCUUUGCUCGGUCAGUGUAGCCAAGGAUUGCACGCAGAACUCCUCGACUGGGCUCCUCACAGCGCUGACGCCAAACCCCCCUCGAUGUUCGCAGUGCAGGGCCGCAGCGGAGCUCCAUCGGAACAUCGAAGAUGUUGUGGAGGUCGUCCGGCGUGCGCUGAAGAUGAACGCAUCAAUCCACAUACAAUCUGGAUGUCGUUCUCCUGGCAACUGUCUCUCGGUGACGUUUCUACCUGCACUUUGUACCUGGUAGGUGAUCGUCGCGAUGACGGUGGCCUAUGUCACGGCACUUCUGACUUCAGGCCCUCUUCCCUUCUACCGAGAUCUCCCAACGUUCGAAGUGGUAUGUACUGGGUGUGGGAGACGAUGAGCAGAUAUACUGGAAAUCCAUCGACUUAUCUCCCACACAGGAGCAUUGCCCGUCAAACCUCGUCAGCAUUUUCAACUCAUUGUGGUGACCUCUGUGCAAGCCCUACAGCUUGUUUCGACAACUUUGGUAUCAUCGCUGCAGCCGCAAUUUUCGGCUGCAACUGCCAAGGAAAGGGCUCCGCAGAGUGGAUAAUCGAGCGAGGACAAUGGAACCCGACCACCGCCGAGACUUCACCUGCAAAAGCUCGACAACAUGAGCAACACCGCCGCCAUAACACCUAG